GAUAAAAGAGAAAUGUAUAUCCUGGGGACCCGAGUGGCUUGUUGAAAACCUGCCUAAACCAGGACACAGUAAUGCCAUCAGACUACUGGAGGAUGAUAGAAGUGAAACGUUCAUCUGGUCCACCUACAGUGAUCCUCCACUCUCUCCAAUCCUCGUGGUCUCCUCAGAGGACAGGGAUCAGGUGUACCCCUUCAUCCACGUUGAAGAGUCCCAGACUGGAUCAGGACAAGCCAUGGCAGAAACCCCUUCAUCAGAGCCAGAUACCAGAACGAUGCUGCUGGAAUAUGCCAGCUACAGACCUCAGAUCGCUACUUUGGUUCUGUUGGAGGAGGAAGUGAACAAUGCAGAGGAAGAUCUGACGAGCGCUACAGCAAAUGCAGAGAGAGACGAACAUUCAGAUGAAUUGGAGGAAUUACUUGGGGAUAUGGAUUAUUCUGACUUGUCCCAGGAGCUAACACUCAACUCUAUUGAUGGACUUUUAUGGUCCAAGAGUUCAGAAACAGUUGUCUUGAAUAAAGUCUUUUUUCAAGAGAGGAGCGCCAUUAAGGACGACAAAGAACCAAUUGUUGUCUCUCUGGACCUGCAGCAGGACUGUGACAGAACUCUGGACACAGCACAUCCCUGCUUGUCUCAGUGUAAAACAACACAGAAUGAUGGUUAUUUCCCCCAGGUGGCUUGUCUCAGCACGGCUAUGAGCAAUACAGAGAGGUAGUAAAAUUAAAAAGGAACAAAAAGGAUAGUACUGAACGUUUCAAAAAAGCAUUAUGUAAGCAUGACAUUCAAUCUGACUUUAUAUUAAUGAAUAGCACAUCUGUCUGUCUUUGCUUUCUUCAAAUAUCAUGCUCAUAGAUAAAUACCUGUAUGUGAGGGCUUAAAGUGUGACAGCAUGAGCCCAGGGACCAUAUUUAUCAAACUUCUCAGAAAAACUCMUGAAGACUGCUGUUAAGAAUGCACUUACCGUAUUUAUUCAAGUAUAAUACGUAAAAUUAAAUACAUAAAAUCA